AUGCAUUUUAAAAUUUUGAUCUUCACCCUGUCAUUCCUGACAACUUCAGCGUACCCGCUACACAGUGACACCAAGGAGAUAUCCUGGAUGGACUCAAAGGGCAACGAUGCAGACGACAAGACUGACCCGACGAAAGAUAUUGAAAAAGUUUACAAGAGCAAGAUAGACAGCGAUGGCCUUUACAUCCAAGAAAGUGACGACAAAAACCCUCUGACUGAGGAGAUGCAGCGCAAACUCACCAUGGAGUCUGAGCGGCUGCGCGUCCGUCUCCGCCAAGAGUUGGCCGAACUGCGGGAGAGGCUGUCCCCGUCGGCAGACCACCCCAGCUACACCCUGGCCAGCAUGAGGGAGCGCCUGACCCCCCUGACCCAGCAGCUCCAGAGCUCCGUCAGCAGCAACACCCAGGACCUGUGCAGCCAGCUCAGUCUCUACCUGCAGGGCCUGGAGACGGCUGAGGCUCAGGCAGAGGCCACCCCGGCUCUGUAUGAGGAGACUUUCCAGUUGCUGGGCCGAACACUGGAGCACAGCAGCACGAAGCUGGCCGGCCUCAUCAACGACUUCCACACCAAAGCGAAUGGUGUGAUCGAUUAUCUGAGAGAGAUCAGUAGUCCAGACCAGGAGUCUGCCAAGCUGAAGGUCUGCGAGGAGACCGGCUCCAGGUUGGGACAAGAGGUGGGUUUACUGAGAGAGGAGGGACAGAGCAGAGUGCGCGCUCUUAAAGCACAGCUGGCCGCUCUGCUUCACUCAUCGCAGCCUCCCAGGGCUGAGCUCAGAGGCAGCGUGGAGCAGUUUUGCCAGAACGCUUCCCUGCAGAGCGAAGCGCUCCAGGCUCGGCUGGAGAGUCUGCUAAUGGGACUCAGCGACGGAGCCGACGGCCAAACGGAAUCCAGCCUGCUUCACUCAUACUCCUCAUCCGCACAGCAGAGUGGCUCCUUGCAGGAGGAUUUCUCUGUGAAACUCUCUGCUCUGAUCCAGGACAUUUUUCACUCAGUGCAGUGACAAAGCCUU